AUGCCCGCAUAUUCCGUACCAGGCCAACUUGCACACGCAAGCGCCACACCUCGCCCGCAUGCCCACCCGACGGUGGUGUCACCAGCAUAUCAUCAGCCGUCCGAUCCCCCACCUCCAGCACGAGGACUUAGAGACCUCUUUGGUGAAGAGCCCGCGUAUGAGCAGCAGCCGGAGGACCGGGCCGGCUGGCUACUCGGGACAUUUUUUCAUACAUGGCUUGGCGACCUCAUGCACCGCGCGGCGCGAGAGGAGCUGACCAUGAAUGGGCUGCCGCACCCGAUGCGCGAGUACCGCGCCUACAAUGCCGGUGUCGUGCUGGCGGCGGAGCUGCAGCGCCAGCAAGCGCGCCGCCAUGCGUGGGACGGCUACGUUGGCGCGCGCGUCGGCGUGCGCUGGGACGACGCCAGCGACGGCGUGCUGCGCUGGGUGGGCGCGGUGCAGCAGUACGGCACGCCGGGGCGGCUGUACGCGGGCGUGGAGUGGCGCGUGGCCCCGUCGCGGCGCCGUGGCUGCUGCGUUGGCCGCUGCGUUGGGUGGCUGCUGCGCCGCGGGCGCAGUGCCCCUGUCCCGGAGCGCGGUCCCGGCGCGCAUCACCGCGGCGAGGUGGAUGGCGAGCACCUGUUCGACCCCGUGGAGGAUAACACGGUGCUGACGUGCGAGCGAGUCGAGGACGUUGUGUUUCGCCCCCUCGGCCACUACCCGGCAGACGCAGCACCGCCGCCAGGUUUCUCCCCAGAUGAUGCGAAAGCGUGCGAAGCACCCCACGUGGAGUCGGUCUUGUAUGCGGUCUUCUAUUGCUUUCGCCAGCCGCUCCUGUGGCUGUUGCCGUUGCGCUUCGUCGUGGAACUGAGUGCGCUGCUGACACCGAUGGCUCGGAAGUGGUACGUGGGGUAUCUGGCGCCACCAGUGGCCUCUCAGACCACGACGAAGGCGCCGCUGCCGCCGCCGAUUUUCAACGCAUUCUGCAGCGUUGCGGUUGUCUUCUGUGUCUCGCUUGUGCACAGCGCGACCACAGCCAAGUAUGAGCAGCUGUGCAGACGAUACGCAUUUGCCGUGCGCUCCGCGCUUUCUGCCUGCAUCGCUGCCAAGUGCCUUCUCAUCUCCGAGAAGUCUGUACAGCGACCCGAGCUGAACGUCGGUCGCAUUGUCAACCUUUUCGCCUCCGAUGUGGAUGUUUUCGUGAGUGCCUUUCAGGGACUGUGGAUGAUCGUCACCAUUCCUGUCUUGCUCGUUGCCGCUGUCUGUCUCCUCUACCGAACCAUGGGUUUCAGCGCGCUUGUCGGAAUGGCCAUGAUGAUGAUGAUAGCUCCGCUGCAAAUUCUAGCAACGAUCAUGUCAUCCAGGUGCUCCUACGCGCUCGCAUUGGCAACAGAUGAGCGACUCCGCAUCACGAACGAGUUCCUCUCCGGCAUCCGCUCCAUCAAGUUCAUGGGAUUCGAGCGCCACUUUCAGCGACUGAUAACCGAGAAACGCGAUGCCGAGCUGGCGGCACUCCGUCGUUUUCAGAUUGCCACCACAGGUACGAUGUUUGCAACGAGCCUCACCCCGACCUUGACGCUGGCGUCUACCUUUAUUACAUACGCCCUCACCGGUCACGUCAUGUCUUCCCAUGUCGUGUACCCCGUUAUCUCUCUCCUGCAGCUCAUCCACACACCACAGCAGACAAUGUUCUCGUUCCUCGUUGUUUAUGCGCAGUUCUUCGUGUCCAUGAAGCGCCUCACCUCCUUCCUCGCCGCUGACGACGCGCAGGCACGCGACAUCCUUGAGGAGGCGCUGGCGUCGAAGGGCGACGACGCGGCCGCUGUGCUGUGCAACGCGACGGUGAGCUCCCACAAGGCUGUGCCGCUGCCCCCGGCCAGCAGCCGCGAGAGCGGCGGUGGGGACACGCACUACGAGCUGCGCGCCAAGUCGCUGCUGGCGGACGUGGACCUGCGCGUGCCGCGCGGGCGGCUGACGGUGGUGCUGGGGCCGACGGGCAGCGGCAAGUCCACGCUGCUGGACGCGCUGAUCGGCGCGCUGGCGGUGACGCGCGGCCGCGUGGCGUGCUCGCGCAGCGUGGCCUACGUGCCGCAGCAGCCGUGGAUCAUGAACGCGACGCUGCGCGACAACGUUGUGUUCUUCGGCGCGCCGGACGCGGCGGCCUUCGAGCGCGCGGUGCGCAGCACCCAGCUGGCCUCGGACCUGGCGCUGCUGGCGGACGGCGCGGAGACGGAGAUCGGCGAGAGAGGCAUCAACCUGAGCGGCGGGCAGAAGGCGCGCGUGGGCCUUGCGCGCGCCGUGUACGCGGACCGCGACGUGUACGUGCUGGACGACCCGCUGUCGGCGCUGGACGCGCAGGUGGGCGAGCGCGUGAUGCGCGAGUGCGUGUGCGGCGCGCUGGCCGGCAAGACGCGCGUGCUGGCCACCCACCAGGUCGGCGCCGCCGCCUACGCGGACUUGGUUGUGCUGCUGGAGGAGGGCCGCGUCGCCUUUCAGGGCAGCUAUGCCGCUUACUGCGAGUACGCCGAGCAGCAAGGAUGUACAGAUGAGGUGGAGGUGACGGUGGAUGCCUGCUUCGCUAGCAAGACGGUGGACAAACGCGCUUCCGCCGCUCGAAGAUGUGCCCUGCUCUCGCGAGCGAUGCCGAUGAAGGUCUGCGAAACCACUGAAAGAGCAGACGCUGCCAGCAGACAACGUUGCGAGGUUGAAGGGGCUGAUAAGCUUGAGCAGCAACAGGAAGAACCCCGACUCCCUGGCGAUGCGGAGGAACUGGCGGGGGCUGUUGAAGUGUCCACUGAACCGACUGACAACAGGGAGGAGAAGGCUAGCGGGGCCGUUUCUUGGAGUAUGUAUCGCCGGUACAUCCAUGCUGCUGGUGGCAUGCACGUCUUCUGCGGCGUUACUGCCAUGUUUUUGUUCACGGAAGUGGCACAGCAGCUGCCGACUGUUUGGCUCUCUCUCUGGUCCUCUGGCGCCUUUGAUGGUAUGUCCAACAACGGCUGCAUCUUUGCCUUCGCCAUGUUUGCCCUGAGCACCGUCUUCGUGAUACCCAUCCGGGUUAUAUUCGUGUUCAAUGGUUUGCGCAAUGCGGCGCGUGAGCUUCACGCAGGUCUUCUCAGCUCCCUCGUUGUCGCCACACUCAACUUCUACGAAACGACCCCACUUGGACGGCUCACCAAUCGGCUGUCACGAGACAUGAGGGAAAUCGAUGCAGCACUGCCCACCUACGUCAUCUCUGCAGCCGUGCAUGGCAGCUUCAUCCUUGGCUACCUGCUCAUGCUCACCGUUUCGCAGCCGUUUACCAUUUUCCUACUGGUGCCGUGCAUUUUGGUGUACGGCCGCAUCUUUCGCUUCUUCUGCGCUGCCAACCGCGAGAUGCAGCGCCUGCUCAACAUCUCCAACUCGCCUGUCUUCUCGAUCCUGAAUGAGGUGCUGACGGGGCGCUGGACCAUCUGCACCUACGGCCGCGAGCACGCUGUCGUGGGACGUGCACUGCAAGGUCUUGAUAGCGUCUUUUCCUGUGCCUACAUGAAGGCCGUCGGUACGGUCUGGGUCACGGUACGUGUGGAGCUGCUCGGAAACGCAGCUGUCUGUGUGCUAGCGCUGCUUGGUGUUCUCUCAACACACAUCCCAUCGGUGCCCAUGAAUGUCGCCAUGUUGGCUUUGUGUUUCAUCAACGCCUCUUCCCUCAGCCAAAAGCUUUCCAGCCUGAUCGGUGUCGGCGCAACGGUGGAGGCGUCGAUGAACUGCGUGGAGCGCGUGCUGUACUACACGGACAACGCGCCGGCUGAAGAGCUCCGCGACGAAAAUGAGAACGCGCGCCAGUCCAAGAGUGUCUUCGCACAUGCCGUGGUGGACGGGAUAGAGCUAUCUCCGGAAGAUGUCACCGCUGCUGCUGCGCCUGCGGGGUCGCUUGUGCUGGAGCACGUGGACAUGCGGUACCGGCCGGGGCUGCCGCUGGUGCUGCGCGACGUGUGCUUCGCGGUGGCGCCGGGGCAGAAGGUGGGCGUUGUGGGGCGCACCGGCAGCGGGAAGUCGACGCUGCUGCUGGCGUUCCUGCGACUGGUAGAGGUGUGCGGCGGCCGCAUGCUUGUGUGCGGGCGCGACGCGCGCGACUACGGCGUGCGCGAGCUGCGCGGGCUCUUCUCGAUGAUCCCGCAGGACCCGCUGCUGUUCGACGGCACGGUGCGCAGCAACGUGGACCCCUUUGGGCGGUGCGGCGACGCGGGUGUGUGGCGCGCGCUGCGGCAGGUGGGGAUGGAGGAGCGCGUGCGCGGGGAUGCGGGCGGGCUGGACGGGCGCGUGCAGGAGGGCGGCGCCAACUACAGCGUGGGCCAGCGCCAGCUGCUGUGCCUGGCGCGCGCGCUGCUCAAGCGCGGCAGCGCCUUCCUGCUCAUGGACGAGGCCACCGCGAACGUCGACCCCGCGCUGGACCGCCAGAUCCAGCGCACCGUGCAGCACACCUUCCGCGACUACACCGUCGUCACCAUCGCGCACCGCCUGCACACCGUCGCCGCCUGCGACGUCAUCGUCGUCAUGGACCAGGGCCGCGUUCUCGAGUUCGGCUCGCCGCGCGAGCUGGUGGAGCGCGGCGACUCUGUGUUUAGCGUUCUUGUUCGCUCGCUCAGCAAGGGGGCUCGCAAGGCGUUUUACCGGACCCUCAAUGGAGAGGUCGCGGAGUGA